AAGACCGAACGUGUACGUUGCUUAGGCAGUUUUGCAGAGAUUGUCAACCUCUGACGACAUUAUAAUAGUUUAUUUAUUUUCCGUUAUCCAUCGGACUUGGUGCAAGUGUUUGUAAAAUGCCGACGUGUUCAACCUGCAAUCAAGCAUUUAAUGAUGGUGUUACUUGUGGAGAAUGUAGCAAAAAUUUUGGGUUCUGCUGUGCCCCUAUCACAGAGGGUAACUACCGAAAGCUGGGACCAGAUCGCCGCUCUCAGUGGAGAUGUGGGCAGUGUAAAAUUAGUGCUGUCUCUAACUAUGGUGUGUCUACUCCUGCACCUAGACCUGCUCGUGCGUCUGGCUCUGACAAUGCUGUGAAAUCCAAUCCUACGGCUUCCUCCGACAGUGAUGCAGUGAAGGAUUCACUUAGUGCUAUUCUAUUGGAAAUACGUGACAUCAAGCGGCAGCUUGUUGAUCUUCCGUCUUUGGUUCAGGAAGUGAAAAAUAUUAAGGUCCAGAUCGGUGAAUUGCAAAGCUCUUGCGAAUUCAGCCAUGAGGGUUUGAUUGAGCAAGAUAAAAAAAUCACUGACUUGGAAAUUAAAGUAUCGGAGAUCCAGGCUUUGAAGACGGCUCUGGACAUGACAUCUGAGGAGCUUGCUGUCAUAAAGUCCGACUUGGCUGAUAGAGACCAAAGAUCAAGGCUUAACAAUAUCGAAGUCAAGGGAAUUCCAGUGAAGAACUCUGAGAACCUGUUUGGCAUCCUAGAAGCUAUUUGCGUAACGAUUGGCUACGACAUUCCUAAAACGCAAAUUAAUUACAUAGCGAGAGUCCCGGUUCAAAACUCCAAUGACAAAUCUAUUAUAAUUAACCUCAAUAAUCGAUAUAUAAAAGAAGACUUUGUUGCUGCUGCUCGUCGGCAUAAAUCUUUAUCAACGUCCGCUAUUGCUGGUGUCGGUGGUAAUCACCCUGUUUACAUUAACGAUCACCUCACACCGGUAAAUAAACGCCUGCUCACUAAGGCCAAAACAAUCUGCAAGGACAAAGGAUACGAAUAUGUCUGGGUCAAGCACUGUAAAAUUCACGCAAGGAAAAAUGACACUUCGAAAAUAAUUGUUAUUAAGGAAUGCUAGAGGCCUACGAACGAAGACUACCAGUUUUUAUCGUAAUGUCUGUAUGAGUUGUUUUGAUAUAAUUAUUAUCACGGAAACGUGGCUGCUGGAUAGUAUUGGAGACUCGGAACUUUUCGACAGACGUUAUGUUGUGUGGCGUCGCGACCGUAACUAUGCGGCUACGAAACAAAAAUAUGGCGGUGGAGUCUUGAUAGCUACUCGCCGGGACCUCGCAGUGACGCAUCGAAUUUCGUUUAACUCUAGCGCGGAGGAUUUAUGGAUCUCUAUUCUGUUUAAGGGGGGUACUCUAAGUAUACCUAUUACAUUACACUUAUGUGUUUUAUAUUUAUGCGACGAGAACCUAGGAUAUUCCUUCUCCCAACAACUACAGAACUUCUUGGAGAAUACGGAGGCAGUUAUGAAUCAACGCUCUGGUGAUAAGUUUCUGAUCGUAGGUGACUUUAAUUUGCGUGGCAUUGAAUGGAUUCCAGAUGACAGUGGGGUUCAACACCUGAGGCCGUCUAACUAUCACACUAGCGAUGAAGUAUUACUAGUUAAUACGAUUAGUCUACUUGGCUUGGAUCAAUUUAAUUUUAUAAAAAAUUCUUUUGAUGUAACUUUGGAUCUGGUACUCGCUAAUGACGACAUUGUGACAGUUUCUGACAUGUCUGAUAGUGCUCUUGUAUCCUGUGACCCCAAUCACGGGGCCCUCUGUCUUCAUUUUCACCUUGAACACCAUGUUCCUAUGAAUAAGUUAUCUGUUCCGAGGUUUUUGUAUGAUUUAGGCGAUUACGAUGCUAUUAAUAAUGAUAUAUCUAGUGUCGACUGGGAUGCCGAACUCUCCAAUAGGAACCUGGAAGACGCUGUGCUUCGUUUCUACAACUACUACGUAUCAUUAAGAGAUAAACAUAUUCCGUGUAGAAGGGUUGUAGCAGUUACUUAUCCUAAAUGGUACA